AUCGCCCUGUAAAGAGAUGCCCUCCUCGUAAUCAGAUUAAUUUGGCAUUAAUGUCCAUUUCGGGAGUUAUGACUGAAGCUAGCAGUUCGACUUCAACAAUGGGCUCUGUUGGUUUCUAGGACUCAGACACAAGCAGCUGUACAGAGAGCCAGUCCCAGGCAGAGUCUGAUCAGCAAGGUCUAUCUACACCCAUGAGCUCGGGUCUCACAGCAGCACUCCAGGACCCUACCUCACUCUCUCUUUCCCCAAAGAGGCCACCACUCGACCUGAUGGAGACUGGAGGAGGCCUGAAGGUGCAGGCGACCACACCUCACCUGGUCGGCCUGGGCAGUGGCCGGCUCAGUGUUGCCAUCACACUUAUGCCCCUAAAUGAAGGCGUAACCCGAAUCGGCCGACAGGAUGCGUCCAUACCUCAGGACAUCACUAUUGAGGGCCUGGGUAUAGAGGCGGAGCAUUGUCGUAUUAUAAACAAGGGAGGAGUCAUCACCCUUGACCCUGCCGGAAACCUGUGCUCACUUGAUGGUGUCCAUGUCUCAAAGCCAACAUUGCUGACACAAGGAUACACACUCUGUCUGGGUAAAUCCUACUUCUUCCGCUUUAACCACCCUGAGGAGGCCAGACGUAUGAAGAGCAUGCAGCCCCAGAAGAGUCCUGUCGCCACAAUGGUCUACGGCUCAGACUGUGUAAAGAUUAAGCACAGCAAUGGCGGCUCAGUGGGUGGCACCAUGAUGAGAGGCUCCCGAUCAAAGGCGGAGCUGGAGGACUUGAUGGAGACUCUGCAGCGCAGGAAGAGUGCUCUAGAGGCUAGCCUGAGGGCCAGCGCAGAAUCUACCCGUACCUACCUCAGCCUGCCCCCUCCCAGCCCCCUGUCCCCCACGGCCCCCAGGAGUGCCGAGCGCCCCCCCUCCUCCAGAGGCCUCCCCUACAUGACCAGUAGCAGCAUGCCCCCCUCCCCUCGCCAGGGCGAGCGACCUCUCAGCCCCAAACCGCCAUACACCCGCUCACGCCACCAAUCACAGGAUAGCCUGCUCCUCUCUAGCUCCUCUGAUGGGCGUCGCCCAACUGUAGCCAGUUCUCUGCUGUCCAUGUGGAAUGGUUCCUCUUCCUAUGGGGAGCCUGCCCCCCGUCCUCCUCGGGGCCACAGCGGGGCUGCCAGCAUGCCCUCCAGCCCUCGUCUAGGCCGCAGGCUCUACGCCCAGGGCCGGAACGGGGACAAUGGUAUGGACCCUGCACCCCGUCAGAGGAAGUACUCUACAGGGUCACUCAACGGCCUGGGCUCUACCCACAGCCGCUCUCUACCCCGCCUCCACCGGUCGGCAGACUCUGCAGCCCUGUCCCUGCCCCCACGCCACUCCAUGGGCUCCCACAGAGGGGAGAAGGGUUCUGUGUCCCUGUCCUCCAAUACGAGGCGCAGCCUGUCUCCUCUGGAACGGCCGCCAGACGUAACAGUGCCAGCCACAGCCAGCGUACCGGGUACUCCCCGCAGGGCCAGCCUGGCCUCUCUGGCCUCUCUGGGCUGUGAACUGGAGCAUGGGGGUCAGCGGGGCUCCUCACCCUGCCUGGACCUGGGCCUGGGGGAGAGGAGGCUGUCCUUUGGGAAGGGUGGGCUGGGGCCGAGAUCAAGAAGAGGCAGCAUCAGCUCUCUGAAUGGGAAGGAGGAGCUUACAGACUACCACAAGCACCAGAGAGACGAGAGGCUCAGAGAACAGGAGGUGCAGAGACUGGAGCGCCAGCGGUUGGAGACCAUCCUGAGCCUGUGUACUGAGCUGGGCCGUUUGGAGCGGGACCAGGGCGGCUCGGCCAUCUCCGACCUGCAGAAGAUCAACAAGGAGCUGGAGAAGCUGCAGGUGUCUGAUGAUGAGUCAGUGUUCUCCGACUCCCCCGGCACCGCCCCGGAGAACGGCUAUGGCACCAAGGCCCCUGAGGAGCGGCAGGUCCACCAGCGCCGCCACAGCGGGCACAGAGAGGCCAGGGAUGCCAGGGCCCAGUCACCUGCUGUCAGCCUGCGCAGCAGUGUCCCCUCACCCUCCCCUCACCACAGAGCCAGGCAGCAGGCUACGGAGGAUGUGCAUCUGAAACAGGAAGUGACCCGUAUCGAGGAAGAGAGGAUCCAGGUGCUGAACAACAUAGAGGAGUUGGAGCAGAAGAUCAAAGACCUGGACAACCAGAUGGAUGAAUCCAUCAGAGAGAUGGAGGUGGAGCGGGCUCUGCUGGAGGGGGAGCAGGUCUCUGAGAUGGCCCUGCUACAGAGGGAGAAGGAGGUACUGGACCAACUCAAUGACAAGAUUGGCAGCAUUGACAAGACAGUCCUCACAGACAAGUCCCAGGAUGUUGAGGUGCUGGAGGCGGAGAGGAAGCGUUUUGAUGACCUGGAGUUCCAGCAGCUGGAGAGAGAGAGUCGUCAGGAAGAGGAGAAGGAGGAUCAGACCCAGCAACUACUCCGAGAGAUAGCAGAUUACCAGCGUAGCACUGUCACACGCAAGGAGAGACUCCUGACCCUGAAGAAGCAGUCUACACAGAUUACCCAGCAGUCUCAGCGGGAGAAGGACAGCUUCCUGAAAGAGAAGAACAACCUGCUCCUCAUGCUUCAGAGGGAGAGGGAGAACCUGGCCUCUCUGGAGAGGAAGUAUGCUGAACUGACUGGAGGGCAGGCCUUCCCUAACAACCCUGUUGCCAUGAAGGAGCACUUCCGCUUUCUGGAGGAGAGGAGGCGGGGCAGUAAGGAGAACUCCUCCCACCUCAGUGACACUCUGCCCCGUAAGAGGAGCCAGCAGCCCCUCAGUCACUACAGCAGCUCUACCCUGGGCCGUAGCCUGUCCCCUAAGUCUCACCUGCCCCUGUCCCAGAGCUCCAGCUGUGGUAGUAUAAUCCCCCGGGGCCUCUCUGUCUCUCCCAGAGUUCUGGAAACUCGACGCCUGCUCAAGGCAGGCCACAGCCACCUGUACAUGAAUGAGGACAGACAGAGACUGGUUGACCUGUGUAGCAGGGCCGUGUCUGAGUCCAAUGUCUUCCUGGACCCCUUCCACUACGCAGACAACGGCCAUGGCUUCGACACGCUCAGCGCGGACAGCUCUGACAGCAUGGAGACCAGCAUCUCUGCCUGCUCCCCAGACAACAUCUCCAGUGCCAGCACAUCCAAUGUAGCAAAGAUUGAGGAGAUGGAACGUUUGUUACGAGAGGCCCAGGCUGACAAGUAUCGACUCCUUGAGCACAAGGAGCGUGAGAUGGAGGUGCGCCGGCAGGCCCUGGAGGAGGAGCGGAGGAGGAGGGAGGACCUGGAGAAGAGACUGCAGGAGGAGACCAGCAGGAGGCAGAAGAUGAUCGAGGUGAAGCUACGUGAGAAACAGAGGGCACAGGCCCGGCCGCUGACACGCUACCUCCCUCAGAGGAAGGAUGACUUUGACCUCCAUGGUCACAUCGAGGCAGCUGGACACAACCCAGACAACUGCUACCACCUGGCCAUCACAGAUAAAACCUGCAGAGGGUUCCUGGUCAAGAUGGGUGGGAAGAUCAAGACCUGGAAGAAACGCUGGUUUGUCUUCGACCGGAACCGCAGGACCCUGGCCUACUAUGCAGACAAACAUGAGGUCAAGAUGAAAGGGGUCAUAUACUUCCAAGCCAUAGAAGAGGUGUACUAUGACCAUUUAAAGAAUGCACACAAGAGCCCCAACCCAUCUCUGACUUUCAGUGUGAAGACCCAUGACAGGGUGUACUACAUGGUGUCUCCCUCCCCUGAAGCUAUGCGCAUCUGGAUGGACGUAAUCGUUACCGGGGCAGAGGGAUAUAUGCAAUUCAUGGUCUAAACCAGUGGUGGCUGAUGAUUGGCUGAAUAGUCGGGGCACGAGGUGGUUGGAGUUGUCAACAAAGCAGCAUGAUAUAUGAUGCCAAGUUUUCUAACUACCAAUAGUUUAUUUGAGAAAAUAUAUAAAGAGAUCUGUGCAUUUGAACAACAGCAUAAAUACACCUAUUUCAUUUUUGCAUGUGAAAAACCGAAUGACCACUGCUACACAUGAUGCCACUGUUUUGAACAGAUUAGAUUGUACUAUUUAGAAUGAGAAGCCAGGUCACGAACAAACGAGAACGUAACAAGCAGAAGUUAUGACUGAGCGCACAUUUGAGCGCCUCAGGAUGGUCCAUUAACUUUGUGCUGUUAUAAUUUAUGCUAUGAAAUCCUGCGAUUUCAUGGAGCAAAUAGCUGGCAAAACAAUAUAAGCAAUGUGGCCUAUGCGCUCACGGAAUGGAGCUGCUGCUGCUGCUGCUGGCAGUCACUGAGGGGCAGAGUAUUAUGUAACUGAACAGCUAGUUUUGAACAAUAUAUUUUUUAAACAGGAAAAUGUACACAUUUAUUGCACUUUUAUGAGCAUUUAAAACAUAAUUCAUGAAUUAUAUAAUAUAUAAUGUAUAUAUAUUUUUUGUUAUACAAAUAUUUUUGUUGACCAAUCACAAGUGGGGCGCCGCCCCUAACACCCUAAUGGGCGGGCCGCCACUGGUCUAAACAACCCCCCAUGGUCACACAUCCUGACCACAGACUCUCAGAUGACUAACCAACAGGAAAUGUCCUCUCCUCCAGUCCCAUCGGUGCCUAAUAGACAAAACAAGUUGACUGGUCAGGUUUGAGAACCUCUGUGACCUCAGCACAAUACCCUCCUGGUUUUUAGCUUUGUAACCACUUUUUUAUUUCCUUCUCACUUCAGUGAGCCCAGCUCUCUCCUCCUCCUCCGGGAUUCAGCUGAUGUAAUGGUAAUCUGAUACUUCGUAGUCUGGCAGGGAAUGACUUCCUCUGGAGGAUUGGGUGCCCAGUGCCGCUUGUUCAUUCAGAAAGGACUUACUCAGAAGAUUCUGAUACUUAUCGUUUUACGUGUGGAGAGGAACCUUGUGGCACUUUAACAUGGUUUACCCUCAUGAUAAUUCAGGACGGUUAAGGAUCCAGAGUCUCUGUCUGAGGUGUAUUAUGCAGUCUGAUAGGCUCACGAUGUACCAGAGAUUACUGCCCAUUCAGGAUAAGACACUUCUCUUCCAUUUUGGCAUAGUGAGAUUGCACAUCGAAUCGAACCUCAAAAGUAUAAUAUAUUAUUCAUAUUAUUUAUGAGUAGAAUCAUAGGAUUGAGACUGCCGUUGGAUAUAAUAUAAUAAUAAAUGCCAUUUAGCAGAUGCUUUAACCAAAGCAACUUACAGUCAUGAGUGCAUACAUUU